AUGAGCUCAUCAACCACUUCCCGGUUCGCUUCGAUUUGGGACAGUAUUAGCUUUGGCUACCAAUCACCACAUGAAAUGAGUAACUUUGAAGACUUGACACAACCUAACUAUGAAAUUCAGUUAUUGCGAGAGGAAAUAGAAAGAAUGAAAGCAUUUCAAAAGGCUGAAACUGAAAAGCAAUCUGCCAGCAGCAAACUACCCGCUCACUCUCCUCUGCCAUCUCCAUCGCCAUCUCCAAACUACGACGAAGUUCUCGAGCGUUUGGAGCGACUUGAACUCCAGUUGACCAGUUGCUGCAAAAAGAACACCAACUUAACGCAAAUCAUUGAGUCUGAAGUGAAGCACAUCGUUGACUCCAAGUUGAGUCAUUUUCAGACUAAAUAUGAUCACCAACUUGAGCUUGAAAUUGACAAAGCAAAAACGGCAAUGUUGGAGCUGGUGCGUGAACAGGCGACCAACUAUUCGCUCAACAAACCAAGCGGUGCAUUUGAUGCCGCCGACGUGGAGACAAUGAUUCGGAAUGCAAUUACAAAGUAUGACGCUGACAAGACCGGCGAAGCUGACUAUGCUUUAGAAUCAUCAGGCGCUUGGAUAAUCAAUACUCGAUGCUCGGAAACGUACGAAGUUUUCUCUGCCACUUAUAAGCUUUUCGGCUUGACGCUGUGGAAAUCAAAGACAACUCCACGGACGGUCAUUCAGUCGGGCGUCGUGCCAGGGGAGUGCUGGUGCUUUAAGGGCAGCGAAGGGCGCAUCGGCAUUCACCUCGCUGCGCGAAUCAUCCCAACGUCAUUUAGCUACGAGCACAUUCCAGUAUCCAUUUCGCGAGAUGGCCACAUUCAAUCAGCGCCGGCCAAUUUCGCCGUCUACGGUUUGAAUGCGGAAGACGACGUCGAGCCCGCACUGCUGGGCGAGUAUCGCUACCAGAUUGGCGAAAAUGACCAGCCGCUGCAGCGCUUUGAGGUGUCGAAAACCGUUACGGCACUGCAGACCUUCAAGUACGUUGAGCUGGUUGUCAAGUCGAACCACGGUCACCCUGAGUACACCUGUCUCUACCGAUUCCGUGUUCACGGAAAGCCCGUCUUUGAUGAGGAAGUUUAA